AUGGACAGCACCAUCUCCUUGCCGCCCUCCCUUACCUCCGGCUUCAAGAAUGUGUCGUCCGUAGUACCUGGAAACGGCGCCUCUGCUUCAGCUAUUGUUUCCGAGAGCCUGACAGUCACUCCUCAUCUCGGAGGAUCUCCCGGUGCUUCCUCUUCCGCUUCCCCAGGUACACCGCUGCAGUCGUCCCUCUCAUUGCCGUUCCCCGUCCCUGGAGGAGAGACCUCGGUGGCACAGUCGACGACCACAGCUGAAGCACCUCUCUCAUCUCUCGCCUCCUCAACGCCCACCGCAGCAUCAACAACAACCAUCCCGAAUCCCCAACCCUCACCAGAUACCUCUUCCUCCCUCCCAACAAUGACCACGCCCUCUUCAACCCCUUCAUCAACACUCCAACCCCAGGUAACAGGAACACCAAACAACCAAGUCCCCACAAUCCGCACCUCCACCCCAGCCGCGACAGCAACCAUCUCCCCCGCCGUGGCAGCCAACAACCUCGCCUCCGCAAAGACAUUCAACACCCUCUUCGCCUCCCUGACGGAGCAAUCCGCCUGCACGGCCGGUCAAAUCGCCUGCGUCAAGGGCAAAGUCGGCAUCUGCGGGGCCAACGGGGCGUUCGCGAUACAGAGUUGCGGGGCCGGGACCUCGUGCUUCGCGCUGCCGAUGACGACGACGGAGGGGGUCAUUGUCGGGUGUUAUGAUCCCCAGGUCGCGAGCCAGAUCCUGGGCACGCCGGUCUCUGCGUCUACGUCUGUACCGGGCUCGACGGCUGCGCCUGGUUCAGUGUCUACGACUACGACUGCGGUGCCAGCGCCGCCGCCGGCCUCUUCUGACCUCGGGUAUGAGAGUACUGUCACCGUCACGCCGACUGUAAUUGCAACAUACACCAUCUCGGUAACCGCGCCAGGUGCUCCAGGAACAACAUCGGCAGCUCAAGCCCCAGGCUUCACGACGACGGUGUUUGUCACCCAGACCAUGGCCCCAACUCCUGCGCCCUCAUCGACAGCAGCAGAAGGACAAGACCCAUCCACGACGUCGACUUCCGUCCGCAAAACGCGCACCUCAACAGUGGAAGAAGAGACCUCAAAGACUGCCCACUCCAGCACAGCCAAAUCUACUCCCGUCGAGUCAUCAAUAGCAGAACCCACAACGACUAAAGUAGCAAGCUCGACAACAACCAAAGCAAGCACCCCGGUGACAUUGACGGGAACAUUCACGGAUACCCUCAUCGUGAACCCCAUCCCGACGGACGCUCCUUCUGCCGCCGCGGACGCGCCGAGCCCAAUCACGACGCCGAAACCCCUUUCCAUGCCGGCUAUUGGUGCUCAGCAGGGUCUGUCCGUCUUGACGGUGUUUGUGACUGUUACCGAGAAAGAGAAGGAGACUGUCACCGUGACUGUGACCAGGGCUUGA